AUGAAAACAGACGAAUUGGCUAAAAGUCAGCAUAUCCAGUAUAUCAAAGCCUUGGACGAUAAGAAGGACGAUUAUGAGUACUGGUUGACUGAACAUUUGCGGUUGAACGGUGUUUAUUGGGGUCUUACAGCUCUUUGUAUGUUAAAUGCGAAGAACACCUUUGAUAAAGAUAAAAUCAUUGAUUUUGUUCGCAGCUGUUACGAUUCUAGUACAGGUGGAUUUGCAGCGUUCCCCGAUCACGAUGCACAUUUGGUAACAACGUUAUCUGGGAUUCAAAUCUUGGCCACCUAUGACGCAUUAAAUACACUUUCAGAGCCAGAAAAGUUGAAAACGACUGAAUUCAUCAAAAGUAAUCAACUUGCAGACGGGUCUUUUCAAGGAGAUCGGUUUGGAGAAGUGGACGCCCGGUUUAGUUAUACUGCGUUGAGUUCAUUAUCGAUUUUGGGCGCAUUAACCAGAGAAGUGGUUGACCCGGCUGUAGAGUUUAUCAAAAAGUGUUACAAUUUCGACGGUGGCUUUGGAUUGUGUCCCGGUGCAGAGAGCCAUGCGAGUAUGGCCUUUACGUGUAUUGGAGCACUUGCCAUUGUAAAUCGACUUGGAGAUCUUUCAUCUGCGCAAAUCGAUCAAAUUGGAUGGUGGCUUUGUGAACGACAAGUAGCAGAAGGUGGACUCAAUGGACGCCCUAGUAAAUUACCCGACGUGUGUUACAGUUGGUGGGUACUUUCCGCGCUUGCUUUGAUCAGGAAACUGGAAUGGAUAGACUUUAAUGGGUUAAGAAGCUUUAUUUUGAAGUGUCAAGACAUUGAAAAGGGUGGGAUCAGUGAUCGGCCAGGUAACGAAGUCGAUGUUUUCCACACCAUUUUUGGAUUAGCAGGGUUGAGUCUCAUGGGGUUUGAUGACCUGGUUUCGAUUGACCCUGCGUACUGUAUGCCUUUUUCUGUCACGGAAAAGUUCAAGAAAUAUCCUUACUAA